AUGCCAUGCGGAGCUGGAGUAAGAACAAAUCCCUUCCUGCUGAGACAUGUGCGCCGGGAACGGAACGCUGACACUUGCAAUAGCAUUGUGGCUGUUCAUGGUCUCGGCUCCAAUCCAAAGAGUGCCUGGGUUCAUAAGGAGACUGGGAAUCAUUGGUUAAAGGAUUGUUUGGGGACAGAUCUCCAGAAGGCGCGGAUUUUAGCCUUCAAUCACCAGUCAGACUGGGAAGUCAACACACCACGGGAGACCCUAAAGGGUUACGGUAACAAAUUGUUAGGCGAACUUGAGAAGGUCAGAGGGGAAGAAGAGAAAAACUGUCCGGUCAUAUUUAUCGGUCAUAGCUUUGGUGGGACGAUGAUUAAGCAAGCCCUUGUAAAUGCUAUGGAACAGCCAGAAAUGAAGGAGAUGAAGGAUUGUUUCGGGGGUGUGAUUUUUCUUGGUACACCGCACGGAGGAUCCUCUGCAUCACGUAUCGCUUCAAUUACGGCUUUGGCAACAUAUUGGCUGGGGUCGAGGGCGGAUCUUCUAGACUUCUUGCAGCCUGGCAGUCUGGAGAACUCGGACCUCAAUAAACGAUAUCUGGAUGGGUAUCCAGAAAUAAAACAUUGCGACAUCUAUGAAACCAAAAGUGAAGAAUUCAUCUUCCACAAAAUUCAUAUCCCAAUGGAUCCGGUAGUUAGUAGGGAGAGCGCUGUGCUCGACAGGUCCGGGGGAAAGGUGAUGUCCAUGGAUGUCAAGCAUAGAGAGUUAAACAAAUUCCAAUCAAGCAGUGACGAAAAUUAUCAGAUGGUUAAGAGGGUAAUUAUUAAGAUGUGGGAGGGAAUCAAAGCCAAGGAGCGCGCCUCGAGUGACAAAGCCGCCGCGAAUCAUCAAGAUUUCCUUACCGCGCCCACUACCGCUCGAGUUCGAAGCACAUCAUCCUUCCUUGAUGGCCCUACAACGGCGGGAGGGUCCCGAGGCGGCUGGAACUGGGGUAGUUGAGAAUCUCGCUAGGAUGUUGGUUGGAGUUUCCUCUCCUAGUAAGAUUUAUGAUAUAUUUUGUCUCGGCUGAGGAACUUGGAGGGGAAUCUUUACCCCAUAUUUUUUCCCCUUAAUCCAAAGGGGGAAAUUCUAGUCGUCCUAGCGUCAUUCUCAAUUACUCGAGUAUUCCAGUUCCUAUGGUACGAGUAC